UUGAGAGUUAGGGUUUUUAGUUGCAGCACUGAUGGCAGAAGAGGCGGUUUCAGAAGUGCCAAUGGAGGUUGUGAGCGGGAAUCAGGCGGAGGCUGAGGAUUCUGAGAAUGGAAUCUCGAAGCGUCCCAGAGAGGAAGGCGAUGAUGCGGAAGAAAGUGAGCAGAAGAAAGCGAAAGUGGAAGAGGAUGAGAAAUCUGUUGAGGAGCGACGGAUUGAGUCAGAGGAGAAAUUAGAGGACCAGAAGGAAGAAAAGGAAGCGGACGAGGAAGGAAAGGAGUCUGAUCCGGUGGCUAUCGGACCGAAGGCGUUCGGAUCCUCUGUCGAGAUGUUUGAUUACUUCUACAAGCUUCUUCAUACUUGGUGCCCUAACAUCAAUCUCAAUAAGUACGAGCACGUCGUGUUGCUGGAACUGAUCAAGAAAGGGCACACGGAGGCUGAGAGGAAGAUUGGCGCGGGCGUGAAGCAUUUCCAGGUCCGAUUCCAUCCUCAGUUUAGAAGCCGCUGUUUCUUCAUCAUAAGGGAGGACGAAUCAGUCGAUGAUUUCAGCUUCAGAAAGUGCGUCGACCACAUUCUUCCCCUGCCGGAAAACAUGCAAAUUAAACAUGAUGUCAAUAAGGCCCUCCGGGGAAAGGGCGGCGGCGGUCGCCGGCAAGGACAUGGCCGUGGCCGCGGCGGCGGUAGAUGAAACUACAGUACUUUACUAAUACUACUUUGUUUGCACCUUUUGCUUCAUUAUAGUUAUUGAAAUUUUAUCUAUUUUUAAUACUGUGUUUGGAUUCAAGUCUACCAAUCACCAUUUUUUAUUGGUGGCUAAAAUAUAUUUACGAUCUAUCUAA